GAUAAACAGAACAGAAGAACAGCUCAGGACAGAGGAGCUGCGGUGGUUUCUGAAAGCAAACAAACCAACAACUGACAAAGAGACAAACCUCUGUAUAGACACUCAGGUAUCCAGUAUGCGGGCUCUGGUGUUUCUGCCUCUGCUCCUGUGUGCAGUGGUGUGUGUGGACCAGGUGAGAGCAGAGGUGAAGGCAGUGAAGCUGUGCGGUCGAGAGUUCCUGAGGGCUGUCGUCUACACCUGCGGAGGCUCCCGUUGGAGGAGAUUCCUCACUGAGUCAGACAUGGACGGGGAACAGAACAGCUUGGAGAGCCUCAGCAGCAGCAGCCCGGGCUCUGAGCUGACCAGACGAGACAUUAACAACAUGCUGACCACCGUGUGCUGCCAGGUGGGCUGCAGGAAGAGCGACCUCACCUUCCUCUGUUGAGGAUGACCCCCUCUCUCUCCUUCUCUCUCAUUCUCCACGUGACCAAACUGACUGUUUUCUCCCAUCUUGCCUUACUAGAAACCAAAUCUGAAUCGCAACGCUGGUGUUUUUAAAACAAUGUGAUCACUGUAUUGUAUGUGCAAUAAUGCUCACAUCCACAACUGCUGUUUUUCUAAUUGCUUUUGAUAUUUUUGUGGGUUUUGAUUUAUUACCUUAACUUGUGAGGACUGUAGACAUGAAUGUGGACCACUUGAGCAUCUGAGAACAUGUUUCUGAAAACCUGAGCUGGAAGAUGUGUGCAACCAUAAAUAUGUAUAUAUUUAUGGUGUAAAUGAAUCUAUGAGGAUUAAGAAACAAAGAUAAGUUGAUGUAAAUGCACUCAG